ACAUACUAGAGAGAGAGUGUGAUUUAGAGAGAGAGAGGGGGAGGGGGAGCAGUUCAUGCAGUGAUUGCUUACUCAGUCCAUCUUCUUCUUGUUCACCAUUGUCUCAUGUACAAUGAAUUUGUUUCAAUUUUCUCGUGAAUUGAGUCGUCAUUGAAAUUGUCUGAUUGAUCGAUCUUUCUAUAUAUCUGAAGAAUCAAUUUUCUCUAUCUGACGGAAAAAGAAAGAGAGGAGAGAGAAAUCAUAGAGGAGAGCUGGAGUCCGUACAGGAUACGCAGUCCUUGAAGGCUCCCCCAGCCGCCGCCGGAAACGGCCGGAUCCGGUACAGAUCUCCGUCGGCCGCCGAACUCCUGGAGGGACAGCAGUCGAGUUCUUCUUCUCUACCGAUCGGAGAUCAAGAAAAUCAUCAAUUGGACAAGAUGUUGAAGCGCACCAGGCAAUACGAGCCUCUCUCCGACAAGAUCCGCAGGUUCCGAGGCGUAAUUCUGGUGAUCUCGGUCCCUCUCCUCCUUGUCUCGCUUGUUCUCUGCCUCAUGCCCUCUCGCUCUCCUUCCGAUUCCAUGGAGGUCCUUCCUCAUCGCAAGUUCUCCCCCACCAAACUCCACGCCUCUUCGAUUAAGGGCUAUGCCGUUAUCUUCGAUGCCGGUAGUUCUGGUAGCCGGGUUCACGUCUUUUGCUUUGAUCAACACUUGGAUCUCCUUCCCAUUGGCAAAGAUCUUGAACUUUUCGAACAGCUAACCCCAGGUUUGAGUGCAUAUGCCAAAGACCCCAAGGCUGCUGCAGAUUCUUUGUCAUCCCUUCUAGAGAAGUCCGAAAAAGUUAUUCCAAAAGGGAUGCAUAGCAAUACACCUGUCAGAGUUGGGGCAACAGCAGGUCUAAGGCAGUUGGAAGGUGAUGCAUCUGACAGAAUUUUGCAAGCGGUCAGGGAUUUUCUUAAAGAUAAAAGCACCUUGAAAUCUAAGGCCGAUUGGGUCACUGUCUUGGAUGGAACCCAGGAAGGUGCCUAUCAAUGGGUGACCAUAAACUAUCUGUUGGGGAAUUUGGGUAAGAAAUACUCAUAUACAGUUGGAGUAGUUGACCUUGGAGGGGGAUCUGUACAAAUGGCAUAUGCUAUCUCGCAGAAAGAUGCUGCAAAGGCUCCAAGGAUAUCAGGUGGAGAGGAUACAUAUGUGAAGGAAAUGUAUCUUAAGGGGGAGAAAUAUUAUCUUUAUGUUCACAGUUACUUGAAGUAUGGUUUAUUAGCAGCUCGAGCUGAGAUUCUGAAAGUUGCUGAAGACUCUGGCAAUCCAUGCAUCUUAGCUGGCUAUCGUGGGACUUACAACUAUGGAGGAAAGAAAUAUGAGGUGUCAGCUUCUUCAUCUGGUUCAAGCGAGAGCAAAUGCAGAAGAGUAGCAACUAAGGCUCUCAAAGCUAAUGAAUCAACAUGUACGCACAUGAAAUGCACAUUUGGUGGGAUAUGGAAUGGGGGAGGUGGGGAUGGACAGAAGAAUUUAUUUGUUGCUUCGUUUUUCUUCGACAGGGCUGCUGAGGCUGGUUUAGUUGAUCCAAACGCGCAUGUUGCCAAAGUUAGUCCUGCAGAUUUUGAGGAGGCCGCUAAGCGUGCUUGCAAAACUAGUCUUGAGGAUGCCAAAUCUGCGUAUCCAAGUGUGAAGGAGGAUAACCUUCCGUACUUGUGCAUGGAUCUUGUGUAUCAGUUCACAUUGCUUGUAGAUGGGUUUGCCCUUGAUCCUUGGCAAGAGAUUACAUUGGUGAAGAAAGUUAAGUACCAAAAUUCCCUAGUUGAAGCAGCAUGGCCUCUGGGUAGUGCCAUUGAAGUUAUGUCAUCGUUGUCUUAACUGCAAAUCACAUUGUUACCGUAAAUGCCCCAUUGGAAUUUUGGUGGCAUGUGAUUCUUAAGCAUCAGAAUUUUGCAAGCACAAGGAUAUAUCCACAGUUAAUAAUUCUCUGAAGUUCUGACCGAAGAAUUCUUUUGUUUCAGCUCCCCAGUCUGAAGCUGUAUUGGAAAUUGAAUUUUGGGUUGAUAUGAGGAAUAAUGACGAGUUAAAAGUUACUUUUUUUUCUUCUUCAUUAUUUUUUUUACUCAUUUGUAAUUAGGUUUACAGAAUGUGCUGAUUUACGACUUUUGGAAGUAUGAUUCAACUCAUUUUAUUGAUUUAGGUUCACCGCCUGAAGGAUUAAAUUAGUUAAUUCUUUUUUCCUGUUCUUUUA